AUGCCGCACCCCAGAUACUCGUGUGACGAUGACGCGUGCUCCGCAGCGCCGCCGGCCUCGACCACCACCUUCGGCAUGAUCCUCUCGCUUACCCCCUUCAUCCUGACCUUCGCCCUGGUCUCCGCCGCCGUCUCCAAGAAGCUCCUCCCGCGCCUAUCCCGCGCCGCCGUGGCCCGCGACGGCGAGGACCACUUCCUCCCCGCCAGCGCCCCGCCGUCCCUGCAGCAGGUCCACUCCGAGCACGGCUCCAAGUCGCUGCGGAGGCGCCUGGCCGCCGCCACCGUCGCCGCCACCAUCGGGCUGGCCACGGUGCUGGGCGAGCUGAUCCUGGCCGAGAUCUCCGACGUCGUGAGCGCGCGAGCGCGGGAUGCGGCGCUCAGGCUAGUUGUGCCCACGCUGCUGCUGCUCCUCGUGGGCGUGAUCCCCUUCCUCGAGAUCCAGAGCGUCCUGGCUGGCUCCGGGCUGUGCAGCUUCCAGCGCAAUGCGAAGGGGAGAUUUCCCAGAUGGGCGUGGACCCUCCAAAGCGUUGGCUUUGGGCUGUGGUUGUUUGUAUUCUGGAGCAUUGGGAAGGCCGUCCCCGCGGGCCACAGCAGCGACGAGGGCAUAUACUCGAGGAGCGCAAGGGGCAGGGGCACUUUUGAUGCCACGGGUAUGUCCCUUGGCUUGAGGUGGACAGAGGGCGUGACACUACCCUGGACAGUGGACACCGUCGCGAGGGCGUGCCUGGAGCGUAUUGGUAUUAUUGGCAUAUCGCUCAUGGCACUGCUCUCGGGGUUUGCGAGUGUCUCGAGCCCGUACUCGAUGUUAGCGGACAGUACAACCAGGAGGAAGAAGCCGAUCACCGAUGCGGACAUCGCGAGGAAGCAGGCCGGCCUGGAGGCCACGGGAGAGCUAUUAGUGACGAAAAGACAUCGACUGCGGUCGCUACAGAGAAAGCAGGCCGCCACGACAGAUUCAAAUGCCAACGCGGGCUCUUCAGGGGUCAUGGGAAAGAUCGUUGGGUCACUGAAGGGCAUCGGGACCGGUGGUGACGCGGCAGAGAUCAAGGCUCUGCAGAUGGAGAUAUCCGGCCUUGAGACAAUGGAAUCAAACCUGUCCUCCGCCCUCUCAUCCCUCAGAAGCAAACAAGCCGCCCAAGCCCGCGCGGGUACCGCUUGGGGCCGGCUCCUCACCAUUCCGGCCUACAUAUUUAGCAUAUACUGUGUCUACCGGAUCAUGGCCACCUCUCUGACCUCGUUCCGCCGGCUAUACUACCCGGCCUCGGCGAGCUUCAGCUCCUCAGACCCCAUCAACCGCUUCCUCGGCCUGCUGGCGAAGCAUUGGGACCCGAAGCUGGACCAGAUAGCCUGGGCGCGGCAGAUCUCCUUCCUCCUGUCCGGCGUUAUCCUCAUCGCGAGCGCCAACGCCGUCGUCCAGACGUUCCACAUCUUCGCCAAGUGGGCCCCAGGGCUGCUCCACCAGGCGCAGGCGAACCUGGCGCUGCUCAUAGGGCAGACCAGCGCGACCUACGUCAUCAGCGCCGGCCUGCUGCUCAGGAGCAACCUGCCCAAGGACAUGGGCAGCGCCGUGGGGCACGCGCUGGAGAGCGCCCUCGAGCCGACCUUUGUCGACCGGUGGUUCGAGGCCUGGUUCCUGCUCUCGAGCCUGGCCACCGCCGUCGGCAUCUGGGUCGGCAGGCGGAUACACGGGGUGGGCGGGCUCGGCGGGGAAUGGGACGAGUGGGACGAGUUUGCGGGCGAGGAGAUGGCGCAGAAGAGGUCGUGA